AUGAUCACUGCCAUUUUUAUCUACGACUUCAAAGGAGAUGUUCUUAUAUCAAAGAUUUACAAAGACGAAAUCAAAAGAAACAUAGCUGAUGUAUUUCGCAUCCAAGUCAUUAAUCAGGUGUCACUGGGACGGUCUCUGACUCGAGAGCAUAGAACACCGGUUUUAACCUUGGGAUCCACGUCUUUUAUCUAUACGAAACUGGGUAAUGUAUGGCUUUGCGCAGUGACUAGAUCAAACCAGGAUUGUGCCACUGUGCUUGAGUUUUUAUAUAAAUUGGAGGCUCUACUAGGUGCUGUUCUUUGGGAAGAAAACAAGAAAGCCAAAGUCAAACAGGAUAAACUCACAUUAUUGGACACCUCAAUUGUCAAUCAAUUUCUGCUUUGCUACAACAUAUUGGGCGAAGUUUGUGAUUUAGGGUACCCUAUCAAUCUAGAUAUGGAAUACGUGAAAAAAUAUGUACCCGGUAUGAAAGACGCUGAUAGUGGUGGGAUCUUUAAAAAUAUACAAUUAAGGAAAAGCUUUACCCCUAGCAAAGCUGUUAUGGCUGCUGGCUCUAGUUUUGAUGCUGGUGCCGGCUCUUCCACCCCAUCAGCCCACGAAAACAUUACAUGGAGGUCGGCAAAUAUCAAGUACCGACGCAAUGAGAUUUUUGUUCACGUUGAGGAAAAGCUCAAUGUUCUAUUCAACUCACAAGGUGAACUUUUGAGAAGCUAUGUAGAUGGUGCGAUACAACUCAAAACACAUUUAUCAGGAAUGCCACAAUGCAGAUUUGGUUUCAAUCCAAGUACAAUUUUAUUAUCCGAUACCGAUCCAGACACUGACUCCAAAGACAAUGUUGUUAAAUUAGAGGAUGCAAAAUUUCAUCAGUGUGUUCAGUUGAGUGCAUUUGACAGUGAUAGGUCCAUCCAGUUUAUUCCGCCGGAUGGCGAUUUCCAAAUGAUGAGUUACAAUUGUCGCCACAACAUUAACAUACCAUUUAGGAUAUACACCCAAGUGCGAGAAGUAGGCGAGAGGAUCUAUUACAAAAUUAAAGUGCGUUCAUUCUUUUCACCCAAAACAUCAUCAAGUAACAUUAUAGUGAAGAUCCCAACACCCGGAGGAGCCAGUCUGCAGAGUCUAUCAGUCUCAGGAGGCAAGGCGAAAUUUCACCCAGAUGAAAAUGCAUUCAUUUGGAGGCUCAAUAAAUUCUACGGCGAUACAGAGCACUCGAUUAAUGCAGAAGUGGCGAUCCAACCAUUGUCUUCUUCAUAUACUCAAUGGAAUCGACCUUCGAUAACUUUGGAUUUCGAGUUGGAUACAUACUCUAGUUCUGGCCUAGCUGUGCGGUUUUUGAAGAUUCAGGAGAAGGCCAACUAUAAAACAGUCAAGUGGGUACGGUAUAAGACCAGGUCUGGUUCGUAUGAAACACGUUAUUAG